UCAAAGAGCUCCGAGUGUCAGUCGCGGCCGCAGCUCUGCGCCAACUGCACGAGACACUGCUUCGCUAGUUGCCGGCCGGCUCUACACUGGUCAAGCACGGAAUUUGGAAGGUGAAACAGGCACCAUGAAUCGUCUGCUUCAUCGCAAAGUUGGGCUGCUCUUGAUGAUAUACUUUGGAAUGUGUGAUGCUGCUCGUAUAUUGGGAAUCGCACCACUUCAAGCACCUAGUCACGUCAUAAUAAUGACAUCAUUAUUUAAAGAACUCGCAUUAAGGGGCCAUCAGAUGACAGUCAUUAUUCCUACGCCUCAAAAAGACGUACCAUCAAAUUACACCCAGAUAACGACAGAUAUUAAUAUGGAAUCUGUUUUAGGUGGAAAAGAAAAUAUGUUCGAUUUGGGCAAAAUGAACGCUGUUGUCCUGUCAGUAUUCAUGUGGUAUGUUGGAAACACCAUGACUGAGUUGACACUGAAAAGUCCAAACGUACAAAAACUGCUAAAGUCUAAUGAAAACUUUGAUCUCAUAAUCGCGGAAACCUUUUACUGCGAAGGUCUUUUAGGAUUAUCUCAGAAGUUCAGUGUUCCUUUUGUGGGAGUUUCUACAUUUUCGGGGACGGAAAAUAUUAAAGAUAUCGUCGGUGAUCCAUUUCCAUAUUCUUAUGUUCCCUCUCCAUUUAUAACUUUUAAUGAUCAUAUGACAUUUUUUCAGCGACUUCAAAACACAAUAACAAAUUUUCUUAUUAAAAAUGGUCAUAAUUACUAUUUCAUACCAGCUCAAGAUGCCAUCAUGAGGAAAUAUCUUACUGAUAUACCAAAUUUAUCCAAACUUAGAGAUAUUGUUUAUAAUGCAUCUCUUUUGCUGUUGAACACCCACUUUAGUCAUGGCUUCUCUAGACCAAAAGUUCCAAACUUGAUUGAAGUUGGCGGAAUGCAUAUCAAGCCACCGAAACAACUGCCCAAGGACAUUCAAGAGUUUUUGGAUGGCGCCGAGGAUGGAGCAGUGUACUUCAGCAUGGGAUCGAACCUCAAGAGCGCUGACAUGAGCAUUCCCAAGCGAGAAGCUUUUCUAAGAGCAUUCGCCAAGAUUAAACAAAGGGUGCUGUGGAAAUUUGAAGAAAAUCUCCCAGAUAAGCCAAAAAAUGUGAAGAUUUCUAAAUGGUUUCCUCAAUCAGACAUCUUAGGACAUCCAAACAUUCGAGUUUUCAUGACGCAUGGUGGACUGCUUAGUUCUCAAGAAUCAAUGUACAAUGCAGUUCCUCUGGUUGGAAUUCCCAUUUUUGCCGACCAGAGUCUGAAUGUUCACCGCGCUGCGGACGCUGGCUAUGCCCUGAGACUUGACUUCGACAAUAUCACAGAGGAGUCCGUGUAUUGGGCUCUGAACGAAGUUAUUCACAAUCAAAGGUACAAAGAGACGGCGGAAAGAGUGUCCAGGAUAUUCCACGACCAGCCGCAGACGCCCAUGCAGCAAGCAGUGUUCUGGGUCGAGUACGUGCUGCGUCACCAUGGAGCGCGCCACCUGCGCAGCGCUGCGCUAGACCUGGCGUGGUACCAGUACUACCUGCUAGAUGUCGCUGCGGUGCUGCUCGCUGCAUCCGGCGCUGCGGUCGUGCUGCUCGUCUGGCUGGUCGCGUCACUCGCUGCACUGGUGCUGCGGAAACCAGGCAACAAACACAACAAACACAACAAGCCGUCAAAAUCCAACAAGAAGAAAAAGUAAACGAAAUCUCUCUGUAGGUGUAAUCAGUACCUGAUUUUUAAAGCAGAGACCGUACACGGACUUAAGCUUGCAAUGGUAUGAUGCUUAUAAGAGCAGUUUGAUAUUUUAAUACAUUCAUAUUUAGUGGGCCCCUGUCAAUCAAAAACGUUUAUAGAAUCUAGAAUAUGUAAUUUUGACUUGAUGUAAGUUUUUGGACAUACGCCAUUGCUUAAAACUUUUUCUGUUGAAGAAAAAAUAAAAAAUAAAAAAAAAAGAAAUAUGUAAAUAAAACCCAAAAAAAGGCAAAAAACACAAAA